AUGGUCUUCUACUUCCAUGCCGCUCUCUGUGGGCUGUUCACAAUCUUGUGGGCGCUGUACUACAGAGACAAGCAGACUAAACAUCCAUUUGUUGCGAAACAGGAGUCGCGGAAAAUUAGUUAUGGAAAACAGCGCCCAACUGGAAAAAUGGAGUUACUUGAUCGUCGUACGUUCUCUCGUUUUCUGAACAUCAUCUAA